UUUGGUCGGCCUGUGGCGCGCGGCAGCUCUCUUUUCUCUCCCUCGCGUGGCUUCGUUCCCCUUCUUCCUCCUCCUCCUCCUCUUCCCCGGUUCUGGUUCGUUUCGGCCUUCUGUGCCCAGCCAUGCCCAACAUCGUGCUCUUCAGCGGGAGUUCUCACCAGGACUUGUCCCAACGGGUGGCUGAUCGCCUGGGGCUGGACCUGGGGAAGGUGGUGACGAAGAAGUUCAGCAACCAGGAGACCAGUGUGGAGAUUGGUGAAAGUGUUAGAGGAGAAGAUGUGUACAUCGUCCAAAGUGGUUGUGGAGAAAUAAAUGACAACUUGAUGGAGCUUCUCAUCAUGAUCAAUGCUUGCAAGAUUGCAUCAUCUUCCCGUGUGACAGCAGUAAUUCCAUGUUUUCCUUAUGCCAGGCAAGAUAAGAAAGAUAAGGACCAAGGUAGAUGGAGCAGGGCUCCCAUUUCUGCAAAACUUGUUGCCAACAUGUUAUCAGUUGCUGGAGCAGACCACAUUAUCACCAUGGAUUUGCAUGCUUCCCAGAUCCAGGGCUUCUUUGAUAUCCCUGUGGACAACCUGUAUGCAGAACCAGCUGUGUUACAAUGGAUCAAAGAAAAUAUUGUGGACUGGAGAAACUGUGUCAUUGUGUCUCCCGAUGCAGGUGGAGCAAAAAGGGUCACUUCAAUUGCAGACAGGCUUAAUGUGGAAUUUGCCCUGAUUCACAAAGAAAGAAAGAAAGCCAAUGAAGUGGACCGAAUGGUCUUGGUUGGGGACGUGACUGAUCGUGUAGCAAUUCUUGUGGAUGAUAUGGCAGACACAUGUGGCACAAUAUGUCAUGCAGCUGACAAGCUGGUUUCUGCAGGCGCAACUAAAGUUUAUGCAAUUCUCACUCAUGGGAUCUUUUCUGGCCCUGCUAUUUCUCGGAUCAAUAAUGCUGCAUUUGAAGCUGUUGUUGUAACUAAUACAAUCCCACAGGAGGAGAAAAUGAAACACUGUCCUAAGAUCCAGGUUAUUGAUAUUUCUAUGAUUCUGGCUGAGGCAAUCAGAAGAACACACAAUGGUGAAUCUGUAUCCUACCUGUUCAGCCAUGUCCCCUUAUAAUUUCAAUCUGCAUUUAGGAGCCCUACAAUGAAGAACACAGUUCAAUAUUCAGAUAAUAUCUUGGAAAGCUUUAGAUUGACUAUUCAUUUCCUACUUCUAACAUGGACAAUAAGUAAAAUGGGCAACACUGUUUUUAUUGGUUGCAAAUCUACAAACUUUGUGCUUUAAAAGAGGACACUAUAAUAGUUGCCAUGAUUUAUAUUGAUGAGUAAAUAUCAUGUUAAAAAUACCAUAUUUUCCAAAAGCCAUAGUUGCAUUUACAACAUCUGCUUAUAGACUUCAGACAUUUCAAUAAAUUGUUAAGGUUGAUCUCUUUUGCAGACAGGUAAUCUAGGCUACAGAUUUUUUAUGGGAACAUGGUAACCAUUUUACCUCUCUUGAAAUUAGACUUGGAGUAAUUAUUAACUCCAUGUCCUCUUGUCCAAACAAUUUUUUGUUUCAAAUCUUUGUUCAAAAUAAUAGGAUCUCAACAUACAGCAUUGUUUGUCUUGAGUCUUAAGUUACUGAAUUGUGUUUAAUAUGUUUGUAAGGCAAUUAAAUGAAGUAAGUCAAAUUAGAUCACGUGCUUGGUUAAGUGACUUCUUUUACAACUGAAAAAUAUGCAGUUCUUUCAGACUAUAAACAUAUGUAUAAUUAAUGCUUGUUAAUUACCACCAUCUAGUGAUUUGUUCACACAAAGCUGGAUUGCUAUCAAAAUUCAUUCCCAACUGCACCACAGCCUUAUAUACUUUAUAAAAGUGGAUCACAUUAACUAGCUUCUCCUGUGUUUGGGCAAAUUGGCAGCCAGCUUAUUAAGGAAAGCAAGAGUGAAUUCUAAGAUGGCUCCAGCUUUGGAUGCAACCUGGAUUGGUGGCAGUCCAUAUUCCUGCUCUGCCUUGACAAGCCAGCAACAAAGUUGUAUAAUUGCUACUAUAAACAUUGUGUAUCAAUCCAAAUGAAAUGCCAAAUAAGAAAUGAGACUCCAUCUUAAAAAUAAAUUCCAGGAGUUUUGCCAAACACCCAAACUCUUCUUUCCUAUUAAAAAAAACAUGUUAAGUUUUAUUGUUUUAUUCCUUAUUUCCAAUUAAAAGAAUUUAUUUUGUAAAAAUUGUUUUAAGAUACUUGUUAUAAAUUAAAUUUUGAUUCUUAAAAGUAAGCAUAUAUUUUGUUGACCGUUCCUAAGCCAAACAAAACCAUUAAUUUAUUCAUAGGAGUGUCACAUGAAUUCAUAUCUCAUUGUAAGAGGCAUCGUGAAUAUGAGAAUUUCUGACUUAAUGGCAUAUGAGGGCACCCUUAUUCAGUGAUGAGGAUAAGAAUUAAUGCUGCUUAAGCCACAGUCAGCACUGUUACCCCAAAGCAUUUACUAACGCAAGCCUACGUAUUACUUCUCAACAGCUUGUAUUUUGGCCAUUUGCAUCCUCAAGGUCUAGUCUAUGCUACAUCUAUGCUAUGCUAUAUUACAUAAAAGGGGCAAAUCAAACUUUCAUGAUUCAUUUUAAUGAUGUUUUACAACAUUGGGAAAUUUGGUUACUUAAAACUAUCCAUAUGUGCUGUCUUCUCUUUUAGUAAUGAGUUGGAUAUGCCAGAAAAGUCUGUAUUUUUAUAAUAAACAUUUUAACAAUUAACUAUUUUUAGAGUGCUCAGUAUUUUCCACAACAAUUGCUUCAGUUGGUAUUCUUAUCUGUGUAUCAAGUGAAGUUGCAUCUCUAGAUAAUAAUAUUAAAACAAUACCAUCUAAAACUUGACAAAGCAGAGAAGAGUUGCAAAGUUUCUUAAAUUGAAAUCAAAACUAGUGUACAAUCAAAGUAUUGCAUUGUUCAAACUAUUAUGCAUUGUUUUUGUUACCCUAAUCUAAUAUUUGAUACAGUAUUCCUUCAUUGUAUCUUUAUAUUUGUCUUUUACUGUGAUUCAAAAAAAGCUGAGCCAAAGUUUGUUAAUGUGUUAAGUUAUAAAUCAGUUCUCCAUUUCAAGUCCUAUCAGAAAAGCCUGUUCAUUGUUUCAGAAUUUCUCAAUAAAUCUUAAAACAGCA